UGAACGAAUUUUUCAGAUGAAAAAAACUGAUAUUUUCUAUGACAUUACCCACUAAACGUUUUAUAGACUAUCUAAAUGAAAUUUAAUAAUUACGGAUAUAGUUACGAAAAAGGGCACAAUCCGAAAAAAAGAAGAUAAACUCGUCAGCGAUAGUUUUUGCUCAUAUAAGAAUUGAACAUAAGAGUCUCAAUGUCUACUCGUUCAAUUUAAAACAAUUUUACUAUUAUAACUUAGUGAUUAUUAUUACAAGAAUGUUGAGUACAGAGUAUAGACAAGCUAUUCAUAUGUGCGUGUGUAUACAUAGAAUAAUAAUAAACGACGAAUGUAUCUAUUGUAUCCAUAUUAUUUGUCAUGAAUGAAUGACAUAUGUAUCAGUAUCUCUAUGUGUACACAUCGUACAUCUAUUACUAAUCUUUUGUUUUUAUUUGAAGAACAAUUUAUAUUAGAGUAUAGACAUAUUUUAAUCAGACUCCAUCUCACUUUCUCUCCGUUUUAUGAGUUUUUUCAGAGAAGGUUAAACUACUUAUAUGCAAAUUUGUUUUUUAAUAUAAUUAAUAAUGAAAAUAGAACGAUUAGGGAAAAAUAAAAAUACAAACAGUAUGAGAAAGGAAAGUAUUCACGGAAUAUCUUCUAGAUUUUAGUUAAAAUAACCUCAGAGCGAUGAAUUUAUUUAUCUGUUUUCUCUAGGAAUACAUAUUGCAUGGUCCUCGUGAAACAACUAUAGUAUCCACAGAAGGCUCAUUGAAUGAACUACAACAGUUUUAUAGUGAUGAUUCAAGUUUAUAUCGUCAACAAAGAGCAAAAUCAAGUGUAGAAGAUAAUCAGAUUCAUAAUGAACUCUGUCGUUUGCCCGAACAUUUAAUUACAGAAAUACAAUUACACACACCAACCGGAUCAGGGCAGCGUAUACAACGACAAGUAGAAAAUGCAUCCAAAUAG